CCAGGGUCGCGUUCAGCCGGCGAGAUCUGCAAGAUAGAUCUUCAGCUAGUGAGUGUCAGUCGGGUGAAAUGAUUGAUUUGUGACAACCGUGUGAUAGAUUAACUGAUACACUAACAGUUCUAGUUCAUAGUGUCUUGUUAAAUAAUUCCUCUGACAUGACGCGGACCUGUGGUUGUAAUUUAUGCUAAUAUGUUGAGAAUGGUUUCGAUGGAAUCGUCAAUUAAACCGAAUCAGAAAGGAGGUUCGUACACAGCCCGUCAAAUGAAAAAAGCCAGGAAUAUUUCGAUCUUAAAAAAACUUGCACUGCUGAAAUCGUUUGGCAAGCCAAUAAAAUCGCGAUGUCAUUCUCGUCUGUUCUCAUCGUUCCGGUCGAUGAUGACGCAGACAGGGAGCCGUUAGUGACCACUGAGGUAUAUUUUGUUUGGUGGAAGUCAUCCACGUGGCGGGCAACAUACCCUGGGGCACGCUAGAACAUGGCGUGAUGUCCACUGCCAAACGACUGGUGCUGAGUUGGCGGGGCCGAAAGCAGUCACAUGAUAGUUCGGUCGGGCGGCUGGUGGGACAUGGCGGAGGUGGUGCUUUGGGCCCCGGGGACAACCACGAGCUUGAUGAGAUCGCUGUCGUAUCCAGCAACGCCGAUCCUUGUCACGUCAAGUAUGGCAGUGGAACUACACUAUCCACCAUCAACGGACCCAGGCUCGUCCCGGGUAUUAUCACAACUGGAGGAUGCAUGGUAGGAGAACGUUUAAGCAGUAGUGGAACGUGUUUGAAUGUAAGUUCACCCGUACAAUCGACAGCUACCACCGGUGCCCCCCAUAAAACAAGUUCAGAAAGUGUCCAUCGGGUCCUCAAAUCUGUUUCCCGGCAGAGUCUAUUAGACUUAGUUGGUUGUAAACUAGGAAUGUCAAAGAGCCGUCAGCCUCAAAGCUACCAUCAACAGCGUUACUUUUCAUCGUCUCACGAUAGCAUCUCAACGGCGUACAUCAAUAGAGCAGCGAAUGUUAGUUCGGCCGCCAGUGAAUUGGAUCUGUCAAGAAAAGCUCGGAGAAAAGACUUGAGAGGCCGAUUGAAAUUGCCUACCAGUGUAACCCUAGCCAGUUCCGGGGAAGCGCCGCUCCUUGGUGCUUGGAGGACAGCUCCCGGUUCCACGGCCGGGACUAAUCCACCUUCCACCAAUCAUCUCAAUUCAACAAGCAGCUGUAACGGAACAGAAAGCCGGUACGGAUUUAGAAGAGGAGACUCGUACAGCUCAAGGUUACGUACAGGGUCUGCCAAUUGGUCUUUCGUUUUUGAUCCAGCGGGAAGACUGUGCUACUAUUGGUCCAUGGUCGUAUCCUUAGCGUUUCUUUACAAUUUUUGGGUCAUUAUUUACCGCUUUGCCUUUCGAGAAAUUGAUGCCAACACUAUCCUAGUGUGGUUUUGUCUGGAUUACUUCGCAGACUUCCUUUACCUGGUGGACAUCAUGUUCCAUUUUCGGACUGGCUAUUUAGAAGACGGAGUGCUGCAAACUGAUUCGACCAAGUUGCGGCAUCAUUACAUGAACUCCACCACAUUCUAUAUAGACUGUUUGUGCCUGUUGCCUCUGGACUUUCUCUACUUAUCCGUAGGUUUCAAUUCAAUUUUGCGUUCGUUCCGUUUAGUGAAAAUAUAUCGUUUUUGGGCGUUCAUGGAUCGUACCGAACGCCACACGAACUAUCCAAACUUGUUUAGAUCCACCAGCCUGAUCCACUACCUCCUAGUUAUAUUUCACUGGAACGGCUGUCUGUUCCAUAUCAUUUUAAAGAACGACGGCUUCGGCUCUAAAAACUGGGUGUACAGUGACUCUGAAAGUACGGACUACGUGAAAGCUUAUUUGCAAAGUUAUUACUGGUGCACGUUAGCGUUAACGACUAUCGGGGACUUGCCCAGGCCUAGGAACAAAGGAGAGUAUCUCUUCGUCAUCUUCCAGCUGUUGUUCGGUCUCCUGCUCUUCGCCACAGUGUUGGGUCACGUUGCCAACAUCGUAACCUCAGUUUCCGCGGCGCGCAAGGAGUUUCAGGAUAACUCGGCAAUAUCGAAACUGGAUGGUGUGAAAACGUAUAUGAGAAUGCGCAGAGUACCAAACCAUUUACAGGUGAAAGUGAUUAAAUGGUUUGAUUAUCUAUGGCUCACCCAAAAGUGUUCAGAUGAAGAAAGAGCCGUAUCGUGUCUUCCAGAUAAGCUUAAAGCUGAAAUAGCAAUCAACGUUCAUCUAGAUACACUUAAGCGUGUGGAGAUUUUUCAGAACACGGAAGCCGGAUUCCUUUGCGAAUUAGUGCUGAGGUUGAGGCCGGUCCUGUUCUCCCCCGGGGAUUACAUCUGCAGAAAAGGCGAAGUCGGCAAAGAAAUGUACAUAGUGAACCGAGGUCGCCUGCAAGUAGUCGCCGAUAAUGGUAGAACGGUACUGGCAACAUUAAAAGCAGGAAGUUAUUUUGGGGAAAUAUCUAUACUGAAUAUGGGCACGGCAGGUAAACACCUUGGAAAUAGAAGAACAGCGAGCGUGAGAUCAGUGGGUUACAGCGAUUUAUUUGUAUUGAGUAAAAAGGACAUGUGGGACGUUUUAAAAGAAUAUCCUGCAGCUAGAGUUCGUUUGGAAGCUAUAGCCGUCAAGAGACUCGAGAAAUAUAAGAGGGCGCCUCUGGAGAAAGCCGCCAUGGGUCGCAGUCAAUCCACGCCUGGACUUGUGGAAUCUCGUGGUAAAGUUCCUCUAGAAGAUAUGUGGGUACCUCCAGCUGUCGUAGGAUAUACACCAGCUUAUCCUAGAUCUUUAAUGGGAUCUCCGCCCAGACCCGUACCAGAUAGUCCCCUAGGAUCUACAAGCAGCGGCAGAAGUCAUCACCAUACACCUGCUUCUCAUGCAAGAUCAGGCACAACGUUGCACUGCGACAGUAUGACGCAGUUGGUGUCGGGGACGGCGUCGCCUCUUCUUGGCUCGCACGAAGCGCUGGAAUCAGAGAUAAAGAGGCUGCGGGAGAGACUGCACACCGUGGAAACGGAGAACGCGGCGAUGAGCGAAAAACUGAACCAACAGCAGUGGGAGCUGGAGAACCGGCUCGCCGAAAUCGAGAUGCAGAUAUGCGGCUCCAGGUCCACCAGCAGCCUGGAAGACAACGAAAGGAACAGGGAGAGCAUCAUUUAACAACAAAAUGCGCUGCCUUACCACAUACUGAGAACGCCAGCGUACGCGUUCGUUCAAUAUAUUGUGUAACGGCGGCAUCCCACUUGACAUUUAAAAACGAUUUUUAGUGAAAUUUUUACUGUUGCCAAAUUGUUGGUGGACGUUCACGAAAUAACUGCCAGAAAUUUAUGUAAAUUUUCCCUAAGUUUAGUGUACACACCACCCUGUGAGUGAAACAUAUGUGUUAUAUUUGUCAUGGUGCUUCGAUCGAUAUUCGAUAAAUGCGUCAGUCGACGGUGCGUUUCUAUACAUAAUUAAAUGGUGUAAAAGUUUUCAGAGGAACACGUUAUUACAUCGGUCCACAUCGCGUAGAACAAAAGUAUGGCCUGCCUUUUGUUUUUUAUCUGUAUUAACUAUGUAUGAUUUUUUAUAGCAAAUAGCAAUAUCUGUAUUUACACUCGAACUCUAUUUUCGCGACCGGAUUGGAACCGUUCCUUUAUUGCAAUCUACCUACAGUUAAAAUAUACAAUAUUUUAUCUCAGUCUGUAAACAAUGCUACGAGGGACACCCAGAAAGACUGAAAACUAAUGUCACUACAAAGUUUCAUUUGUCUGAGUUUCCAGUUACGUUUGCUUAAAAAAACAAGAUUUCUAAGAAAUGAAUUUAAACAACAAAGAAAUUUUAUAAAAUGUCUUUGUUAUCAAUUUCAUUACAUUAAAAACCCAAUAAGAAUUAUCUGGCCAAAUUAGUGUUGUCAUCAGAAAUGAAGAUGUAAUCAAGUAUUAGCAAACGAAGAUGUCUGUUUACAGAUACAGUACUUUUAAAUAUACCAGGUGUCAAAAAAAGUGAAUUAUUUCGUGAAUACCUAGUUGCUCUGAAUUACUGGUCUAUUGUUUAUUUCGGUCUAAAAAACGGCUACCAAAAAAAACCGUAAGAAAUUUUAUAUUUUUUUUUUAAAUAAUACAGUAAAACUAAUUUUGCAAUGAAAACUUUAGAACUUUAAUACUCUUUCACGAAAGUGGGGCCCCUACUAUUGAUGAGUAAGUUUCUAGUUUCUUUCUUGGGUUUUCUGCGAAUUUAGCCAUCUUAUUUUUUCUACUUUGUAAUAUGUAGAUAUUAUAAAUUUCAAUGAUACGUAGGCAGUCAAAAAGAAAUAUCUGCGAAUAAUUUAUGAACUCUCUAAAAGUUUGUUUGUUGAAUAAACACAAAAGAAACACUUUACUUUCACAACCACUUUUAAAUUCUUGUGUCAAAGAAAAUAGUUCUCUAUUCUUAUAUUCCACAAGUUUUCAUUACCUAAAGAUAAAGAUUUGUUGGAAUAUUUCCAGAACCUUUCCAAAGGAAGUAACCACCUUAGCAAACUGUCACAGAGAAAUAACUGUAUAAAACUGCAAUUUUGCCAAUAUUAAACUCAUUUUAAGGUAUUAAUUAACCCACUGAUUUCAUAUUGUUUCCAAUUUAUCUCCAGUAACGUCACUCUCUUUCCUAAAUAUCCUUUAUAUUCUAUAGUGGCAACUUUCCAACUGACGCCGAAAAAUAUAGGACGUUUUUUCUUAAAACCACUAAAAACCGAUUUUGUAACCUUAUUAAACUGUAACUCCACAUUAAUGGAUAAAAAAUCUUGUUUUUGUUGCCUCGUGGGUAUAUUACUUUCUACAUCCCAAAUGUGCUGCUUACUACUUUGUGAGAACUUACAGCCACUUUUUUUUUGCAAGUGCUACGGAAUACUAAAAAAUAUAUAAAAAUACUGUAUAGCGCAAACGUAUUCUUUAAAUUGUUUUAAUAAAAUGAACGCAGUUUAUUACAGAAAAGUAUGUAGGAACACAGUAUAUUACUUCCUCGUAAUAUUUAACAUCGACAAAAACCCGCCCUUCUCACACGUGAAAAUAAUUCAAAAUCGCCUUCUUAAAAAUUUUACCCGUCCAUGCAUUAAAACGAAAUUGUAGCAUACCUUGUACACCACACAAAACUACCGAAUUAUUCAACACUGACGUCAAAAAUCCCCGUUAAAGGAAUUUUAAAACCUUCUUAAAAAUUUUAAUCGUUUAUGCAUUAAACCGUCUAAAUUAACUUCCGCAGAAGACGCUGUAAAAGAGAAUAUUGUCCCGAGAUAAUUUUUAUUAAGAAGUCAGCUUCUAAUAUUAUAACACAUUAAAUCCGCCAUUCAGUUCCCUACCAUCAUUAUGGACUCUAAUAAUAAUUCUCUCCCCAGAUAAUGGUUAAUCCAAUUAAAUUGAAAUUAAUCAUCGCCAUUACAUGGCUUCAGGCGGGAAACUUAAUUUAAUUUUGGUUCUUCUAAAUAUGCCGAACUUUUCCGUCUACAUAUUUAUUAUAAGCUGAAAUAUCUUUACGAAAACCGUUUAUCUAUGUGCUGAAUAAUAUAAAAAGGGAUCAUGUGUUUUGACCCGUUAUUUCUAAAUUACUUUCAAGAUUCAAAACGAAAAAAAUUACCUACCAACCGAGAAAAAGCAUACGAAAAAGUAUAAUUUACAUUAUUCAGUCUUUAAAGUCGGUGAGAAUUGGAAUUGGAAUUUAGGAACUUCGUAAAAUACUACUUGGAUUUCGUUGAAGACAACUUUCUUUUUAAAUGGAUCUAUAUUUUACUUUUUAGUUCGUGGCUGCUAAAAAUAUAACAAAAAUAUGUAAAAAGUCACUUACAUGGAUCAAAAAAGUCGACCCAAACUUAAACAACAAGGAACAGGUUUCGAUAAAUUUAUAUUUGCAUAAUUUAAAAAUGACCUACGUUUCAAUUUUUUUUAUUAAUAUCUCUUUUACCUUGCUUAAAGAUAAAAUCGCAAUUAUUCUGUUAAACUAAACAAAGAUGUUUCAAUACAACAAUAAUAUUUAAAUCUUAGUUAAAAUUAUUGUGUGACAAGCCAUACCUACAACACAUAAUAAUACAAAAUUGAUUAACACAACUAACAAUAAUUAAAACAACAACAAAAAUAAUCAAUAACUUUAUUGUAGACCAACUGCUUCUACUGCGAUGUGACCAGGUUCGAUGUAAAUUGUUGGAAGUAUAUAUAUAGCGUGCUCCUCUGAUAAUCAUUGUGUACUUUACACAAACAUGGUACUAUGACCUUAAUCAAUUUUAAUUAUAAUAAUUAUUACAAAGACUAUAAUGAAUUAAUUCAGUUAUGAUGAAUGAGAUCUAAACGGGAUGCAUGUAAAAAAGAAAAUUAUGAAAUGGCAUAACGAUUUUGAUUUCGUAUGCCAGUUUCACAAGGGCGGCCCGAGUGCAGGGACCAAACUUAUCCUAAGUUAUGAUGCGCAUCUGAAUCUUUGAUUCUUUCUGAUCUGCAAUUAAUUUCAAACAAUUGCUUAUGUGACGUAGUACUGAAUGUUAAACAAUGCUUCUUUUGUAAAUCCUACUUCAACACUGUACUUUUGCACCAACAUUUCAAAAUGAGCCCUAUUUGUUAAAUGCUAAUGUAAGACGUAAAACACAACGAUGACCCCGAAUGUAAAUUCAAUGAAAUCAAUGUUUAAAUAUUGUCCAAAGCCAUUAAAGGUUCUUAACUUUUACUCUGGCUUGUUUAAACGGUUAUCAACACAAAAAAAUUGUGUUACGAUUUAUCGUUUUUUUUUUUUCAAAAUUUCUGAAGAACUGUUCCCUAACAAUAUAAACUUGAACCAACAAUAGACAUUUAUUUUCUAAAUGGCUGGUAAUUAUUUUCACAACAAACCUCCAGGAUAAUACUUAAAAUGUGUGAAUUUAAAUUGCGUACUACAUCGACCUCGUUUCAGACCUUCUGGGUGUGUUGCAUAUUUAUUUACACCAAUUUCUGUAAAUAAAAAGCUUGUAUAUUCGAAAUACAACUGUUUAAAACAUGAGUUUAUAAAUUUAUGAAAUUCCCUAAUCAACUAGAUAGUUUGAAGCACUUAAUUAUAACUGUAAUCCAAUACUUAAAAAAAUUGGUACUUUAUUAUGUCUUUAAAUAACUACAUACUUAUAAACAAGUAAUAAGCACAUUCGAAUUAAUUUGUAACAUAAAAUAGAUAAUCGUAACUGUGACAAAUAUACUAAAGAUUAAAGUGCCUAAAAUAAAAAAAAUAAGUACUAGAUUUGUAAUAACCAAAGUAGAAUAAUAAUUUUUUUGUUUUUCAAAUAUGUGACGAAAUAAUAUAACACAAGUAAAAACAAAAAUACAUCUGGAACAAAAGACACGGUGCAUAAAACGUUUUCGUUCUGUACUACGCAUGUUAAGCUUAAAGAGCUUGACAUAUUUUCCGAAAGCAUCAAGGACGUUUGCGACGCUCUAAAGUGAAAGUAUUACUGCCAUGUUUAUCACAUUAUCACCUUUUAUCUCGUCCUAGUCCAUAGUUUUAGCUAAUUAGUCUUUUUUAGAGCAGUCUUUUAGAUGCAGUAGAUUCUUUCAAAGUUUGCUUCAUCUGUUGACAUUUCCGUAUAGAUGCUGAACUCAAAAAAAAGUAAAACCCACCAUCAGUGAGACCAAAUACUUUAAGAUAUUUUACCUGUACAUUAUUGCUUACGGAUAGUAUUCGAAUUAAGAAUUUAUACACCUUUUGUUGAUAAAAUCAAUUUCCAUACAAAAAUAUUGUAUUAUUUAAUAAUUGGUAUAGAAGCAAAUUUUACGAAUAUAUAAAUAUGUUAUUAAAAUAUUUGUUGCUAUAUUGUUAUAUAGGUAUAUUUAUAAUUAUUCCAUCGUGUUUAUUACAUGUACUUUUGUUUAUUUGUAACAUCAACGCGAAUCUUAUGAUAGAGAAAAAACAUGUUUGCCAAUUUCAUAUCACAGUCCUUAUUUUUAAAUUAUUUGUUAAGCAGUGCCAAAGGUAGCACAGUAAACAUUACGAUUUUACCUCCGUAGCUAAACCCAUUAUUCGAUUUUCUCGAACGAUUUCAUUGUUAUACCCAAUUAUUGAUAUGAAUCCCAUUAAUAAAAAUUUUUAAUUCUA